GAAUUUUUGUGGAUGCUGUGAAUUCCAUGGGCCAGACCUGUCUGUUCACUGCUGCACUGCUGGGGCUGGGUAAAAUAGUGGAUGUGCUGCUGGAAUACGGCUCGGAUGCCAAUCACCGCUGCUAUGACGGGAGCACCCCAGUGCACGCAGCUGCCUCUAAAUAG